CAGCUCGGCAGGCGCGGGGCGUGAGUGUCUAGUGAGACCCGCCGGGCUCCAACUCCGCAGCGCCGGAGCGCGGCGGGCAGCAACUUUCUCCCCGGAGCGGCCGUGGCGGCGGCUGCUGCCGUGGCAGCCGGAGCGGAAGCCGGGAGGAAAAAGGCGGCGGCGGCGGCGGUUGCUCCCGCCGGCUCGGGCUGUCCAGCUCACUGAGACUGCCGGCCAGCGGAGCCGCGUCCCCCCGGGCAGCCCCGGGCCCCUGCCCUAUGUCCCGCAAGGCGAGCGAGAAUGUGGAGUACACGCUGCGGAGCCUGAGCAGCCUGAUGGGCGAGCGGCGCAGGAAGCAGCAGGAGCCGGACGCGGCAAGCGCGGCCGGGGAGUGCAGCCUCUUGGCGGCCGCCGAGUCGAGCACCAGCCUGCAGAGCGCGGGCGCGGGCGGCGGCGUCGGGGACCUGGAGCGCGCGGCGCGGCGGCAGUUCCAGCAGGACGAGACCCCCGCCUUCGUGUACGUGGUGGCCGUCUUCUCCGCGCUCGGUGGCUUCCUGUUUGGCUAUGACACCGGGGUGGUGUCAGGGGCCAUGCUGCUGCUCAAACGGCAGCUCAGUCUGGACGCGCUGUGGCAGGAGCUGCUCGUGUCCAGCACGGUGGGGGCGGCUGCCGUCUCGGCGCUGGCCGGAGGUGCCCUCAACGGGGUCUUCGGCCGCCGCGCUGCCAUCCUCCUGGCCAGUGCCCUCUUCACCGCCGGCUCCGCGGUGCUGGCCGCGGCCAACAACAAGGAGACGCUGCUCGCCGGCCGCCUGGUCGUGGGACUCGGCAUCGGCAUUGCUUCUAUGACAGUGCCAGUGUACAUUGCGGAGGUCUCACCACCCAAUUUAAGAGGCCGAUUAGUCACCAUUAAUACCCUCUUCAUCACAGGAGGGCAGUUCUUUGCAAGUGUUGUUGAUGGAGCCUUCAGUUAUCUCCAGAAGGAUGGAUGGAGGUACAUGUUGGGACUUGCAGCAAUUCCGGCAGUUAUACAGUUUUUUGGCUUUCUCUUUUUGCCUGAGAGCCCUCGAUGGCUUAUUCAGAAAGGACAGACUCAGAAGGCCCGCAGAAUUUUAUCUCAGAUGCGUGGUAACCAGACCAUUGAUGAGGAAUAUGAUAGCAUCAAAAACAACAUUGAAGAGGAGGAAAAAGAGGUCGGCUCAGCUGGACCUGUGAUCUGCAGAAUGCUGAGUUAUCCCCCAACUCGCCGAGCCUUAAUUGUGGGUUGUGGACUACAAAUGUUUCAGCAACUCUCAGGCAUUAACACCAUCAUGUACUACAGUGCAACCAUUCUGCAGAUGUCUGGUGUUGAAGAUGAUAGACUUGCAAUAUGGCUGGCUUCAGUUACAGCCUUCACAAAUUUCAUUUUCACACUUGCGGGAGUCUGGCUCGUUGAGAAAGUGGGCCGCAGAAAGCUUACCUUUGGUAGUUUAGCAGGUACCACCAUAGCACUCAUUAUUCUUGCCUUGGGAUUUGUGCUAUCAGCCCAAGUUUCCCCACGCAUCACUUUUCAGCCAAUAACUCCGUCAGGUCAGAAUGCCACUUGCACAAGCUACAGUUACUGUAAUGAAUGUAUGUUGGAUCCAGACUGCGGUUUCUGCUACAAGAUGAACAAAUCAACUGUCAUUGACUCCUCCUGUGUUCCAGUUAAUAAAGCAUCUACAAAUGAGGCAGCCUGGGGCAGGUGUGAAAAUGAAACCAAGUUCAAAACAGAAGACAUAUUUUGGGCUUACAAUUUCUGCCCUACUCCAUAUUCCUGGACUGCACUUCUGGGCCUUAUUUUAUAUCUUGUUUUCUUUGCACCUGGAAUGGGACCAAUGCCUUGGACUGUGAAUUCUGAAAUAUAUCCCCUUUGGGCAAGAAGUACAGGAAAUGCAUGUUCAUCUGGAAUAAACUGGAUUUUCAAUGUUCUGGUUUCACUAACAUUUUUACACACAGCAGAAUAUCUUACAUACUAUGGAGCUUUCUUCCUCUAUGCUGGAUUUGCUGCUGUGGGACUUCUUUUCAUCUACGGUUGUCUUCCUGAGACCAAAGGCAAAAAAUUAGAGGAAAUUGAAUCACUCUUUGACAACAGGCUAUGUACAUGUGGCACUUCAGAUUCUGAUGAAGGGAGAUAUAUUGAAUAUAUUCGGGUAAAGGGAAGUAACUAUCAUCUUUCUGACAAUGAUGCUUCUGAUGUGGAAUAAUUUUCAGCUGCUCAUAUAUUUAGUUAUUUAAACAAACUGGGGGGAGAAGAACAGUAAUCAGUGACCUCACUGCCCUGCUUCUAAUCUGGUUCUUUCCACAGUCUAGUUUUGAUUGACUUCAUAUUCUAGAAUACUUGAUUAGGAGGAAGAUACAACCAUGAUGACUUUUUUUUCCCCCCACAAGGAACAAUAUUUUAAAAAAUAUUUACAGAGAUUUUAACCUAAUAAUUCUUAAGCAAAUGUGUGUAAUGCCUUCCUGAAAUAGUCUAAAAUGAAUAUUGUACCCAGUGACUUCAGUGGUAUCCUUUUUUCCUAAGACCAUUUAUAAUUAUUAGUGGCAAUAGAGUCAGUACUAAUCUAGUCAAAUUACAUAUGUAUAAUAUAUUUAUAAAGGAUUCUGGGAGAUGGUCCAAGGGUGUUCCAUGUCAAAAGAUGGCCUGUUGGCCCUCAGUUUUCCUACAGAGAGUAGUGGUUUAUCUCUGAUCAGCUGUUAACAAACUAGAUUCCAUUUAAGCUUUCAUCAGCAAAUUCCAAAGUGCCUCCUACAAGGGCACAGCUGUCCCUGUCUCCUUUGGAUUCCACAUUUUUGUUUCUCUCCAAUUCAGAUAUUGGGAGUUCUUCAGAGACUGACUCUGCACACUAUCUUUUGAACAUUAUGCAAAUAUAAUCUGUCAGGAGUUAUUUUCAUACUUCUUUUUUUGCAUCAGUGAUAAGGCAUACAUUUGCGCAGAUGAGUUAGGAAGUUUUGAGAAGUACCUUUUGUGGUCAGAAAGUAACAGAUUAAAGGUUUUUAUGGGUUGCAAAUUGGUUAGUCACUUAGGUAUGCAAUUAUAAAUGCAAAAUAGUGCCAGAUCUUUAACUGUAUAUCAGGGUCAGUUUUUGUUCAUGCCCAAAUCACUACACCUGCCUCAUUGGCCCUGGAGUCCUACUGUUUUGUGCCUUCAUUUGUGUUACAUACAUAGCUGCAAGCAAACCAUUUUUCCCCUUUCUUUUAUUCAAACAAUAAUUUUUGAAACAAAAAAGAGGAAGGAAAUCAGUGGCAGAAAUAAUCCUGCUGUUAUUGGUGUUUGUUUAAAAAAAAAAUGGGACUUU